GGAUGUGAAAACAUUAUUUUUUACUUAUGCUAUGUUAACGGAGACAAUACUAGAAGGAACUGCUUUUCGGGUAUAAAUAGACAAAUACCACAAGCAAGGGAUCAGCUCGAAUAGCGAGAUUUUUAUUCAUAUUAUAUAAAUUAGUAAGUUGUUGGAAGUACCUGAAGAUCCACUGACGAUCUGAAGCCUAUGAUUAAAAUGAAGACUGCCCAAAUGACUCAGAUGCAAUUCUGCGUCCGGACGCUAGCCUCUGUCAUUAUUUUGUUACUCAGCGGCACCUUGUGCACGAAAGGAACUCAUUCGUUAGCCAAUACACAAGGUCAUAACGAACCCGAUGAAGUGGGACCGCAGUUUUUGGCGCAACUAUCAAAUAUAAGCGUACCACAAGGCCGCGACAUAUCUUUCACCUGUGUUGUGGACAACCUGGGGCUAUAUCGGGUGGCAUGGAUUAAGUCAGAUUCAAAAGCAAUACUUGGUAUACAUACACAUAUGGUAUCCCUAAACCCAAGAUUAUCAGUGACACACAAUGGACACAACACCUGGAAACUUCACAUAUCCCACGUGCAGCUAAACGAUUCUGGCAGCUACAUGUGUCAAGUGAAUACGGAUCCCAUGAAGAGUCUGUCUGGCUAUUUAGAUGUUGUGGUGCCACCGGAUAUUCUCAAUCAUCCCGAUCAGAACAUUGAUGAAGGUGUUAGUACUGAAGGUGGGAGCAUUGCGCUAAUGUGCAGUGCCACAGGUGUUCCAACACCAAUGGUGCAGUGGCGACGUGAGGGCGGAAAGGACAUUAUACUCCGAUCGGAGAGUAGGGACAAACAAGCAUUAAAGUCAGUGGAAGGCGGUCGAUUAACUCUCACGAAUGUUCACCGCACCGAUAUGGGUGGCUACCUUUGCAUAGCUUCGAACGGGGUGCCUCCUUCGGUGAGCAAACGCUUUGAUGUUCACGUAAACUUUCCUCCAACUAUUAAAGCUGUAAGCCAGUUAGUGGGAGCGCCAGUCGAACGAGAAGUGAUACUGGAAUGUAUUGUGGAAGUAUAUCCGAAACCCCUUAACGGCUGGUAUCGUAAUGAAGGUAACAUUAAGCUGCACAAUGGCAACAAGUAUAACAUAUCUGAAGCCAUGAUUAACUUGUACACGUGGCACCUGAACUUGACGAUACGACACCUGACAAAGUCGGACUUUGGGGCUUACAGCUGUUCCAGUGUGAAUGCUCUUGGGAAGAGUGAGGCGCGGAUUCGAUUGCAAGAAUUACGAUUACCGCCCAAGUCAACAACGACACCAACACCUCACGUGCACACCACGGCCAAGCAGCGUCGGAAGCAGCAGCCCGGCCACAACAAGGGACUGAACGAAGUGGUGCGUGCCAAGGAAACCCAUUUCUCAAAUCAAAUGCAGCAAGAGAACGAUGUAUUCGGCAGCGGGAUUGGUGUGCCCCAAAGCGCCAACGGUGGCGAUGGUGCCGGUGCUGCUGCUGCUGGCGGUGGCGGCAGUGGUGGUGGUGGUGGCAUUGUGGCAAGUGGAAACGUCAACGGCAUGAUAAACGGAGCGGAAGUGCAUACGCAAGUCCCGGCACGUAACGGACACGAAAAGACAUAUAAGUCUCCGGGUGGGGUCGCCCCCUCACCUCGUUCGCCAUGGAUAUUUGCGAAUGGAGGGUCGCAGCUGCUCGCCAGUGCAACGAUAGCGACAAAUGCCCUGAUGGCUUUUUUCACUAUACUCACAAUGUAUUCGGCUAAGCUCAUUUAAAAUUAUGCUUCCAAGCCAAAUCCAUGCCAGACUGUAUAACAAGUCCGGCACCGCAAGGAUACAAAUAGCAACAGAGACAGUGAGAGAGACAG